GAUUUGAAUCGGCGGCGUUGUUAUUGACGCCAUAUUGGGGCCGGCGGCGGGUGGAAGAGUCGGACAGAGGAAGGGGAAGCGGCUAGACGUGUUUGCUGGAGCUCCUGCCGCUGCCGCAGCCUCUCAAUAUCGCCGCAUCGACCACCGCUCUCUAACUCUGGAAGCUACUCGGGCGUCUUAGGAGCCGCGUUCUAGCCUCACAUCUCACGGGGCUGGUAUUGACUUCUGAAGAAGCCGGUCUCAGCGCAGGAGCGCCUCAGGCGCGGCGCAAAGCCGGAACGGACGGCGGGGGCGGCCAGAGCGUCUCCCGGGGGAGCCGCGCCUGAGGAGGCGGAAGAGCCCCCUUGACGCGGCCAGCGUGAGCCGCCGCCACCGCCCCUCCUGCUCUCGCCCCGGCCGGCCCGGGCCACUGCCCCUGCCGCGGAGGCGGCGGCAGCGGCUCUGCUCCCCUCGCCGGCGCUCCGCCACCCUCCUUUCCGCUGUUGAGCCUGUCGGUUAGGCUCUCUUCGGGGCCCCGCUCUUCCCCGCUUCCUUCGCCCUCCCUUCCCUGACUCCACCCGAGCCCGGCGCCCCGGCCAUGGCGUGCGGAGCCACUCUGAAACGGACUCUGGAUUUCGACCCGCUGCUGAGCCCGGCGUCCCCGAAGCGGAGGCGAUGUGCGCCAUUGUCGGCGCCCACCUCUGCCGCCGCCUCCCCGUCGUCGGCCGCCGCGGCCACCGCCGCUUCCUUCUCGGCCGCCGCCGCCUCGCCGCAGAAGUAUCUCCGAAUGGAGCCAUCUCCCUUCGGCGACGUCUCCUCCCGUCUCACCACAGAACAAAUUCUGUACAACAUAAAGCAAGAAUAUAAGCGCAUGCAGAAGAGAAGACAUUUAGAAACUAGUUUCCAGCAGACAGACCCAUGUUGUGCUUCCGAUGCCCAGCCACCUGCAUUUCUCCUCAGUGGGCCAGCUUCACCAGGGACUCCAUCGGGAACAUCCUCACCAUUAAAAAAAGAACAGCCCUUAUUCACUCUACGGCAGGUUGGGAUGAUCUGUGAGCGUUUAUUGAAAGAACGUGAAGAGAAAGUUCGAGAAGAAUAUGAAGAAAUAUUGAACACAAAACUUGCAGAACAAUAUGAUGCAUUUGUGAAGUUUACACAUGAUCAGAUAAUGCGACGAUAUGGAGAACAGCCUGCUAGUUAUGUUUCAUGAAUCAUGUUUUCUGCAUUUAUGGGCUGCCUUGUUCCUUGUUGAGUUGUUGCAAGAGGUCCCAAUUAUGACAUGCAGCAAUGCCAAUACCCCUCUGUGAAUACAGGUUAUUUUCAAGCUUUCGUCAGUGGCAACCACUCUUAGGCAGCAACCGGAUUUGGAGAUUUCCUUGAUGUCAAUACCACCCGGAUGUGGACCUUUACUACCUGUAUUAAUGCCAGUGGCCUCAUUUGCUGUAUCAUUACAAUUUGGCUUCUAUUAAUAUGUUUGGAAAGGAUUAAAGCUGGUAUUCUAAGAACAUGCCCUUCACUGGUUGUGUAAAUAAAACUGUAGAAAGAUACUUCAGAUGAAGUUAGUGUGAUUUUAAUUGUGCACUACAACCAAGCUAUAACCAGUUAUUAAUAAUUUAGAAUGUAAUCCCAGGACAUUAUUAAGCAAAUAGCCUACAGUGCUUCCAAUGAACUAGUGAAGGAGGAGGGCAUUUCUGUGUUCCAGGACUUCUUUGGGUUUCAAAUGGGUUUAUAUGAUUUCCCUGUUGGGUUUUUUGUUUUUUGUUUUUUUUGGUAGUUUUUAUUUAUUCUAUCAGUCUUUUUAACGAAUGUUUAUAGCUGCAAUUCCCCCCCACCCAGUGUAUCAUUGUUUUACUGCUCUUGUAGUACUGGAAUUUAGUUGGAAGAAUAAAACAUUUACUUCUAAUCUUGUUUUUAAUGUACAGAUGGGUAGUAUUUGAAUAAAGCCAGUGUUUUAAAUGUAA